AUGCGGGAAGAAGUAUUACUUCGCAAACUACUUGCCGAUGGCGAAGGAACGGGUGAAGAAAGGCGGUUCCAACUGCUGAACGGAUGUCUUCGAUUACUACGAAAUCCUAGCACCGUGAGCAAGGCAGAGGCUGUUAAGGCGCUACGUUUAAUUGAUUCUCUGGAACUGUCAAUGCGAAAGCAACGCGAAAUUGCUGAAAUGAGUGAACGGCAUACGAAAGAAUACGAGGAGAUGGCAGAAAGAGUGGAUAGAGAGAUAGCAAUAAGUCGUGAAAAAAUGGCACAAGCUAAAAAAGAGCUUACGGCAGCACGACUUGUGCGUAAAAACCGCAAAGAAUAUGCUCUGUUAGUUGGAAUGAUAGAUGAUUUGCCGUCACGAGCAGAAACGACAAAAAAGUUGGAAGAUAUGCAGGAGGAGCUUAGCCAGCAACAAGAGCGUCAGCAACAACUUGAAGCCAGAUUAUCGGAACGCAGGAAUCAUCUUCAUGCACUCAACAUAAUCCUCGCCAAUUUCCAGAAGUUGCUUGCAGAUGAAGAUAACGAGCUGUCCAAUGAUGCAGCUGGUGAACCUGGAGAAAGGAAAGACGACGAAAAGGACGAACCAAGAUCUCAAAGAGAAAAGUCCAGCGAUACUGUCGAAACGGGAGAGUAA